AUGCGAUCAGGGCAUGACCCCAUUCUUCCACUUUAUGCGCGGUCACGAAGGGAGCGGGCGCGCCCCCCAGAGCCAGUGGAGGUUGAUGGCCAAUUCUACGACGUGAUGGGAGUGAGCUUGGAGCGUGAACUAGUGCUCCGUGAUGUGCGUGCUGUUCAUCAAGAUAUCCGUAUUGAGCACUUUGCCGGCCGGCCGGUCAUGCUCGAUGGUGUGCGCUGGCGCGUAGUUUCUCUAAACACUACGCCUGAUUUGCAAACAGCAAUCCUCCAGUUGAUCAACCCACACGAUCCAUUGUCCAAGUUCACUGCACCUGAAGCCGACAUCGCACGGCUCCAGUUUCUAAGUGCCAAUGGGGAGCAUAAGCUGGGUCGUGUCAAACAUGGCAUCGUCCGCAUGGCCCCUAUAGCAUCGCGUGCUGAGAUCAGAGUUCCAUUAAAGCCUAAUGAUCAGUUUGAAGCUCGCCUCCAUAAUCGUGAGCUUGAUGGUUUAUAUACCAUUCAGGUGUGCGAUACCUACCAGCUCAUUGCAACCAGAAUAGUCCAUGAUGGUGAUCCGCAGCGCAUUGUGGUUCAGCCGGACGAGAUCGCACCGCGCUAUGUGACUGUCAUGUCUUUGGAUUUUGGUGCCAAAUUUGAUGUCGAUGCUUUCGUGUACCGAGAGGACCAACGUCGCUGCAAGGCAAACAUUAUCAAGCCUAAGCUAGGUGGCGAGCUUCUCCUGGAUCCACUGUUGGGCAGCCUACCACCCGGCGUGACACCGCUGCUGACCAAUGGUGCAGAGCAUCUUGCGGUGUUCGAGCGGUUCGUCCGUGACAAGACUCAGACGAACGGGAAAGCACUCUCCCAAUAUGGAGUCGAUGGUUCCCGACGCCGAUUGACUAUGCUGAACCUCUCAAUGAGUCCCCAGGGUGAUGCACGUAGAGUCCUCAGUGCAUUGGUUGAUUUUCGACAUGAGAAUCCAGGGGCAGAUAUGUCGAUUGUUGUGUCUAAGCUCGGGCCCAGUGACUUCCUGGAGUCCGCAGAAUAUUUCAUGUACCUCAAAAUCCUCGCGGACCAUGACAUUCGUGUCAAUAUGUUCACGGGUGCCGAUGGACCGACACGACAGGUUGUCCAUGGGAAGGCAGUCAUUAUUGACAACCAAGUACUUUUCAGCACCGGGGCCAUCAUGGACACUCGGCCAAUCAAUAAAGCCGAUUUCUCCAUCGAAUUACCUCCAGGAGCCGCUACGUUAUUCAGUCACUAUACAGAUAAGGCCAUUCACGGGGAAGCAACCAAUGAGCUUCGUGCUGCGCUUGCUUCUGAGCUUGCAAAAUUGGGUGUUGUCAUCAAUGACCCAGUCGCAAGUCUGCCAUGGAUAACCCGCGCGCAGGACGCUUUGAUUCGAGGGGCACAGCACUCACUAAUUCUCAACAUAUCAGAGCUGGUUGAUCCCACGAUGGCACAGCUAUUGAUUGACCGGGCUGCAAGUGGCGUUGAUGUCAUCCUUCAGGUUCGCCAGGUUGACCCGAAAUCAGCGCUACUUCUCGUGGACGGAAAGAUGCGCUGCUCCAAUCUCCUUGUAGAAGAUACAAGCUGGUGGGAGCCUCGCCCGCACUUUAAUGCGAUCAUCGCUGACGGACGCUCCGCAUAUCUCGGCUCAUCCUACCUUUGGCCAACACAGUGUCAUAUGGUUCACCAGGGUCGUUCAUUCGAAAAUGGUGUUUUGCUUUGGGGAGAUGCUACAACAAGGCUUAUCGAGCAGCUUGAUAAUCUCCGUUCCAACGCACAUGCAACAAACACGAUGCCUUCAUUUGCCGAGACGCUGAGAACAUGGAAGCUGCAAUACCAUCUCAAAAACCCAUGCGAUUUUCCAAAAUACGCUAUCUGUUUAGAGACCUGGCCGAUCGACAACUGA